ACGGGAUAUAAUCGGACGAUACACAUGAAGCUUCCUGUCCCUUUGUCGUGCUUAUCGCUGAACUUUUCGUGGAAUUUGUGUACAAUCUACAACUCGCACACUCCGAUUAUAAUUAUCUCCCGGACUUUGGAACGUAUACAGGAGUUUAUUUAUAUUCUUCGAUCCUGACAGACCCGCCAUUAGGCGGUGAACUGCGGUAGACGACGGUAAAUCGUUAUGAUGUUCCUGCGAAUAGCGACCACCGUCUGUAUCGUAGUGGUCGGGGUGGCUCAAUCCCUGGAAAUUGAUUCCAGUGAAUUAUUGAAUUCAAAAGAAGAAGCAUAUCCCGCUUAUCGACCUUGGGAACACGAUGAAAGUAAUACAACAUGGAUCUCACUCGCCGGAAUGGGUAUUAGCUCCGUGAGUUCUACGUUCCGAUUACACAUCCCCGAUUUGAAAUGGCUCGUUAUGGAUGACAACGCGAUCACUGCGAUAUCAACAGAAAACUUCAAACAUUUCCCGGACUUGACCUACCUAAGUUUGGCAGGAAAUCGGAUUCGAUCUUUCGUUGAUUCUGGAUUUGGUUUUCUCGAUAAGCUACAAGUGCUUGAUCUCGAUCGGAAUCCUAUCGCAGAUGAUAGUGGGUACGCAGAUCCGUUUGGCUCAAGUCGUUUCAGCUCUUUACCUGCAUUACAGUCUUUGUACUUGAGAAAUUGUAAUUUACGGAGGUUUCAUAUGUCCGAAAGUACCAACAACUUGUCCCAUCUUUACUUGACGGGAAAUCAAUUGGUUAGUUUUUACGCUACUACCGACUCAUCCUUAACCCAUUUGUACCUCGAUGAUACCCAAUUACGUUACGUCUCGCUGAGAGAAUUUCCGUCACUUCUCCACUUGGAUGUGAAAAACAACUUAUUCACCGGAAUCGCAUCCCUCUCUCGAAUGAGUACCGAAGAACAUUUGCGAGACCUCCGAAACGGUAACUACUAUCAUAAUCGCCCUGCCGUUCUGUACUUGGAGCGUUCACCUAAUUUGAAAUAUCUGAUAGCGUCAUCUAACAAAAUUACUGAAAUUGAUUCGGAUAGUUUUAUAGGUAUGGAGGCUCUGACCCACGUGGAUCUGAGCCUUAAUCAAAUAAACACAUUGCAGGCUGGUACGUUCGAUAGUUUAUUGAAUCUAGAAGAUAUUCUGCUGGAUUCGAACAAGAUCAUAGAAUUGAACCACAGGGCAUUCAAUAAUUUACCCAGUUUGAAAACAAUAACGCUGAGAAAUAAUGAGAUCAGUGACAUAAAUGAAGAUGCGUUCGCGAAACUGAAUUCGAGUGCAAGUGAAAUUCAUUUAUUUUUGGACAACAAUCAAAUUCGCACAUUGAAUAAAGGUUCGUUCAGUAAUAUAAAGGGUUUGAAACACAUUGGGCUCAGCGGAAAUAAGAUAUCGACCAUAUCUUCGUUAACUUUUAUCAAUCUUCCGAGUCUCGGAAGCAUAGAAAUUCAAAAUCAAUCGCUCAAUCCUGAAAGUCCAUACGUCACAAACCGUUGGGGUGAACGGGUUCUAGCUGUAACAAAUUCGCCAAGUAGAAAUCCGUUUUCAUAUACGCAAAAAACCGGUACAAUAGAAUCGAACGCAUUCUUCAAUCUAACGAACUUGACUUUGAUUCGAAUAUCCGGAAAUUCCUUCACUCAUAUUGAGGAGGAGGCUUUUCACUCGCUUCCAAAACUAUUGGUAUUAGAUCUGUCCAACAAUAAUAUAGAGCGACUUCCCUCCACAGCUUUUACUGACCUUGCAAAUAUAGAAUAUUUGUAUCUUGGCAACAAUUCGCUGCCUAUGAUGCUGCCCAAUACGCUGCCGAAAUGUCUGAAACACUUAGAUUUGUCUCACAAUCAUAUUCUUGAUAAUUUAGGUGAUUGGCCUAUCAAAGAAUUGGACCAGCUCGAGACGUUAAAUCUUUCUGGUGUAAUAAGACAAUUGAAACCGAUCGAAUUGGCGGGUCUUCCGGCAAAUCUUACAAUCAUUGUUAAUGAAUAGUAUUUCGCCGUAUUUCAAUCCAUGUGUGCCAUUCGACUUACCGUUAUCGUUAUGAAACUGUUCGUAAUCAUAUUGCUAAAUAGAUCAUUUCGUUUGUCAACAGAAACGAAAGCUCUUAGUCUUUAGGAAGAACUUUAUGUAUCUAAUUGUAAGCACAAAAUUUUUGUAUAUGAACAGCCUCUCAUUACGUUUAUAAAUGAAAGAGUAAAAGUCUAACAUUGA